AUGCCCCCGAAGCAGGGCACGACGCAGAGACGAGCUGGUCUUGCAAGAGACAACCGCGUUCGGCCUUUACUGUCACAGGUUAAUGGCCAGCGACCGACAAUGGUCGCCGACUAUAGACCGGUAGACCGGCCACCUGAUGACUCUGACGAUGAGAUUACCGAUCCAGAACCCAGGCCGAUCUCUUCAAAGGCCUUAUCAAGCUCAAGAGAGGCGUCUCGGGUCUUCUCGAGUACGAUGCCAGUUUCAGACUCGGACGAUGAUGAAAGCGCACGAUCAUCUCGCGCUGACAUUCGCCCUUAUUUUGGCUCAUCGAAGAGGGGGAAGGAGCAGAGCAAGACGUGGAACGCUUCUCAGGAAAGCUCUCAAGGACAAGCGCAACAUGAAGGCUCUCAGAGCUCUUUCUCCACAAUACGUGGCAGCAAGAGAAACUCACCUGACGGCGGAGCACUCAGUCCGGAAUCCCAGAUAAGAAAGGCCCGAAAGAUCGACCUUGAAGACGAGAAAGAGGCCAAAAGGUUACUAGCACGGAAGAAAAGCUAUGGUCGAGGGGACACCAACAGGGGGCGUAUCAGACCUCCCGCAAGGUCAAAAUCGAAGUCGUCGCAAGAGAGGCCGAUAUCCAAGCUAGGAAAAGAAGCUUCUGCGCCCAAGAUGAUACAGCCGUCUUUCAAAGCAUAUGACGACGACCCAUUCGAACAGUUCUCGAGCAGAACACCGCCAAAACGCAUCAUCGAUCCAGUGUCCACGUUUCUAUCCUCGCCCCCUCACGCUUCUGCUCAUCCUGUCAUGAAGCAUGCAUCUCUCAGUCCUCACUCAUCACCAAAGCGAAAAGCAAAGGCCGAGUUCAAGCUUCCGUCCGCUUCCCUACCUGAGUCUCUGCAGAGUCCGGCGCAGUCACGCCCACAGCUUCGCAGUCUAGUGUCAAGCCCUGAGCCUGAUCAGAAGAAGACGAGAAAAUUCUCGUUUGAGUCCUCCUCAGACUUGUCGGACUUGGAUAGUGACCUCAAACAGGUUAUGGAGGCACGUUGCCCCAUGUGUAAUGAGAUUGUUGAUGAGACUUUGCUGCAAGAUUUCUCCAAGGGCGCCCGUCUGCAUAUUCGCAAGCAGAUUCAGUUCUGCCGGCUGCACAAAAAGAAGUCAGCUGAGAAUGCCUGGGGUGCUCGGGGCUACCCAAAAAUCGACUGGGAUGGCCUUGAUACUCGGGUCGCUUCUCAUUACAGUUUUCUGCGAAAGAUUAUCAACGGCGGGUCUUCUCACUUCGGCGAUCUGCUGCUUGACAAGGUCAAGGAGGGCAAGAACCGGACGCUGCUCAAGGCAGAAGACAGCUUGACGCCAGGCUACUACGGCCCGCGUGGCCUCCGAGCAUUUUCAGAGCACAUUAUUAGUCGCUUUUCAUCGGUUCUGAGAGAACGAGCUGUCGACGAUCGACUCAUAUCAUCGCGUGGUUAUUCUAGUUUUGUGGAGGCAGUGUUGGUCCCGGAGCUGGCGGUACUAUUGAUAUCUGACGAUAUGGUGGUGGAAGCCGAGGAAGCAAGAAGCAUCCUCGAGGAUAGCAAGUGGAUUGGCGACUUGCUUCACGAAGACAUUGGCGAUACAGUUGAUCAGAUGAGCGAUGAUGAGAGAACGGCACAUUGA